CAUGGCGGAUGAACUUCUUCGCUAAACUUCGCUUGUACAAUUGUUAGUGAUUAAUUUAAUUGCAGUCGUUAUUAUAAUCAUGCCUCCCAAGAAACCACCAGUAACGAAAGCCCCUGCAAAAGCACCAGUGAAAUCGACACCUGCAAAAGGGAUUCCUGCAAAAGUUACACCUGGAAAGAAAGUCCCAGGUGCACCUGCAACAGGUGCCAAAAAGCCAGGAGCUGCACCAUCUAAAGGUAACGCACCAUCCAAAGGUAAUGUACCUGCAAAGCCAAAAGAAAAAGUCUGGACCAAACAAGAUGACUCUGCCAGGACUAUACAGACAAAAUAUAGACAAUUCAGAGCAAAGAAAAUACUUGAAAAGAAGAAAAAAGAAAAGUUGGACUAUGAAGAACUUAUGAAUAAAUUAGAACAUGAGGCAUUUUUGAAACUGGUUCAGAUGGAACAAGAACAAGCAGAGAAAGACAGAAAGAAAGAAGAAGAAGAAAGAAAGAGAAAGGCAGAAGAAAGAAAACGGAGGAAAAGAAUGUUGGAAGCAGCUUUUGAUGGAGACAAUGAAGAACUUUUACAAAUAAUUAAAGAAGUAAAGGAAUUGGAUGAUAAGAAUAACAUAGGAGAUGAUGUGAUUGGUAAAAACUUACGAGACCGACAUUUACUGGCUAUUGUGGAGUGUGAAGAUGCUAAUGAAAAUACACCUAUAUCAGAGGCAGCAAAUGGUGGUAAUGCAGACACUAUAAAAUUACUACUUGACAGGGGAGCUAACCCAAACACACAGGGACAGUUCAAAAGAACUCCAUUAUACAGAGCAGCAUUUGCAGGUCAUUUAGAAGCUUGCCAGAUACUACUACAGAAUGGUGCUGACCCCAGAAUAUAUGCAAAUGAUGGACAAAAUCCUGAACAGGUAGCCUCAUUAGCAGCUGUUAUUCAGUUAUUAAAAGAAUGGGAUAUCAGUCAAACAGUAGUAUUAUUGGAGAAACUUGAGACUGAGAAGGAGAAAAGAUUGGAUGAGGUCAAACAGAGGAGGGCUGCUGAGGAAUCCAUCUUGGAGAAACAAUUGGAAAUUAGCCAGCAUGAAUAUGAUGUUAUGCAGAAACAGCUGAAUCAUGCUUACUGUGAAUUAGAGAAAAGAAUUUCAGAACAUGAUAAUGCUGUUGCAGAAGGAUUUAAUAGGCCUGAAAUAUUGGUGCUGGCCAUACAAGAUGCUGAAACUGAGGUAGAAAUAUUAAAGAUGAACACAGAAAAAUCUAGAGAUAAAUUAUCCCAAGCCAAACUGAGACUGAGGGAGCAACAGAAAGGCGGAGAUGAUGGUCAGGAACCAGAUGAUCUCCCUGGCCUUAAAGUAAUGGUUAAAGAAUUAGAUGAAGUUUUAUUUAGAGAUGUUGGAAAUAAAAUCAAAGACUCUGGAAAAUGGCCUUUAAUAAUUGAUCGAACAGGUCAGGCAGCAACUUUUCUGAGAUAUCGUGACACAAAUUGUGUGAAUGCACUUAGCCCUAAACAGAUGGAAGAUGAUAAGGUGCGACUGGCACUUCUUGGUGCUAUUAGAUUUGGUAAGCCGUUUAUUUUGGACAUGAUGGAAGUAGAUAUGUUUGACACAGUUAGUGACAGAUUUGACAAUAUUUUGAAAGGAUUGAUGGGAAUGAUUAUGGACAUGAGUAUAAUGCAGGAAGAGAACUAUCUUAAAUUAACAAAGGAAUCAGAUGGACCAGACUAUCAGAAGAAUCAAUUCAACGACUACAGAACAUCAAGUUUCAAAUUCUUUAUAAUUACAAAAAAUCCUUACCCACCAGAAACUUUGAUGGACAAUACAUAUCCUAUUAGAAUCUAUGUACCGACAGCUAGGUAGUUGACAGGUCUUUAAUACAUUUGUAAGCUUUUUGUAACUCAAUUAUCUUGAGAGAGUCUAUUUAUUUUUUCUGAAACUACUUGCAGAUGUUUAUAGUAAAAGAAUAUGAAAAAAAAGAACUAUUUGUCAUUAUAAAAUGUGGAUAAUGACAAUUUUAAACCAUAAGAGGAAAGGGAAAAAAUUUGAGAAUGUAUAUUUUAAAAAUGUAAUGAUA